AAAUAAUUAAAUGAACAAUUAAAAUUACCCAAAAGGAUAUAUGGGAGGCCCUUAUUAAGGAAAUAUUUAUGGUUAACCAUAAUAAAUAAACUAACCACAAAAAGAUUUAUUUUAAACAUUGAAAACCGAUUUCUAAUAUUAAUUAGUAAAGCCUCCUAAUGAAUAUACCUAAUCUGCACUCGUUUAAUUAAAGAAUAUUUUUUAGAUAAGAAUGUAAAGUAAUACUCUAUUCUAGAGAUUAGAACUAUAAUAUUGGAAUACCUCCAACUUGUUCUUUGAACAAUGCUCCAUAUGAUUACACAAAAUUUUAUUAGUGGAAUAAUAAUUCUACUCAUUUAGCUUUAGUCCAUUCAAUUUAAGAUUAAUUAGAGCUUUAAUCUAAAGUUUUAUAUAAGUAUGUUUAAUUUAUUAAAAUUCAGUCCAAUAGUCAAAGAGUAUAUUGAUUUUGUUGCAUCUAUUCAUGCAGAUGAGAGUGCUCUUAGAAUAAAAAAUUUGCCAAUGUCUUAAUUGAUGCCAGGAAUUCCACCUUCAGAUUAUCCUCUAUGGUUGAAUUCAGAUGAAAAAUUAUAAGUUUUAAGGAGUAUGUUAGCUCAAAAUUCAGAAUUGAGAAACUUAAAGGAAAAAAUAUUAUAAUAUGUUUAAUAAAAUGAGAUUAUUGCUGGUAAGAUAUGUAAAAUAAAUUAUUAGGAUUAAUUGAGGCAAACGACUAGGAAAUAAAGAGUAGAGUAGAAAGAUUGUAAUAAAGAAAUAUUUAACUUGAAGAAUAGAAAAUUAAUUAUAUUUAAUUAUUGAAUAGAAAUAGAACUUUGAGUGAAAGAUUUUAAGCCUCAAAAGUGAAUGUUUUAUUUUAAUAAAUUUGUGAAAAAUAUGAUGAAAUAUCAGAUAAAUUAUUGGAAACUGAUUUAAAUUAAGACUAUGAAGAAUGUAAAAUAAAUCUAAAUAUAAUUAGAAACUUUGAAAUAUUUUUAGAGUAGAAGAAAGUAUCAAAAGACAUUAGUACUUUCAGAGAAAUUUAGAGAAUUAAAAUAGAUUUGAU